AUGUCUUGGAAAGACUCAAAUUGCCAUAAGCGCAUUCUCCGCGACGCUGAAAGUGGGCGGUACGGCGUCAUCGCCGCCAUUGCCUAUAACACCGAACAAAUAUUAGGACUGGUUCGAGCUGCAGAGACUGCCCGCUCACCACUCAUCAUCCAAUUUUUCCCUUGGGCCAUCGAAGCCACAGAUGGCAUGCUAGUGCGUGUCGCAGCCGAUGCUGCUAAGCGAGCAAACGUACCGAUCAGUAUUCACCUCGACCAUGCUCAAUCUGAAUUUAUCAUCAAGCGCGCAGCAGAUCUUCCAUUCGAUAGCAUCAUGGUGGAUAUGUCGCACUACGAGAAGGAAACCAAUUUGAAAAUGACUCGCGAGCUGGUACAAUAUUGUAACGAGCGCGAAAAGGCGACAGAAGCCGAGCCGGGUCGCAUUGAAGGAGGAGAGGAUGGAGUCAUGGAUACUGCGGGACUGGAUGCAUGCAUGACGACCGCUGAGGAAGUGGACGAGUUUGUCGAUACGGGAGUGGAUGUACUUGCCCCUUCAUUUGGCAAUGUUCAUGGGGAAUAUGGUCUCCGUGGUCCACAGUUGGAUUUCGAAAGAUUCGAGAAGAUUCGUGUUCAAGCGAAUGGAAGAGUUCAUUUAGCCCUUCACGGCACCAAUGGGUUCGCUCCGGAGCUAUUGAAACGCUGCGUAGCCGCCGGCGUCACCAAAAUCAAUGUAAAUCGACUGGUGCUAGAUGACUAUUAUGACCACCUUUAUGCAAAUGUGGGCAAGAUACCGCAUACCCAGCUUAUUGAGGAAGGUAUUCAGAAGGUGGCUGAUUUGACAAUCAAGUGGAUGGAGAUUUGCGGAUCAGCUGGUAGGGCGUGA